CCAAAGGGGGAAAAAAGAAAGUGCGGCGGAAAGUAAGAGGUUCAUUGUGGGAAGACUGGCCGGAUCAGGGUUCCCGGGACUCUGCUUCGGCCAGACGCAGGGAAAGAAGCGGUGCCGGGCGACCCUGCGUCCAUUCUUGCCCCUUUCGCUGCUCCCUCUCUGCCUCCCAAGAAAGAAGGCCAAACUGAGGCACAGAGCAAGGCAGAAGCUGAGAUAGAUCGCACAGCUAGUUAGUGCUGUAGCCAGGACUCGAACCCACUGUCCAGAGCCCCAUCUUUGCUUUGUACGGAUUUAAGUAAUGCAGUUGUGGGACGGCUGCUCGUUGCCGCACCCCACUUCCAGCCCUUUAAGGGCUCUUCCCUGAUAUACCUUCGCCUUGGUUUCUCCAGACCGCUGCUGUGAGCGGUGCGGAUAGAAGAGGGCAGUGUGUCCCAGACUGUAUCACGUCGUUUCUAGCUUGGACCUUUAACAGCCUGGGUAAAGGCUGCUUGCAGCUUCGCUCCCUCCUCCCCUGACCUGCUUUCUCAGAAAGAUGCCUGCCCUUUCAGAGGGUGUCUGUGAAGUUCUUGGUGGACUCGGUGGAGAGGUGAGGGAUGCCUGGGCGCCAGUGACUUUGUAUGGUUCUCGCAGUUCUCUCUCAGCCCUGGGAGGAAGCGGAGCUGGUGGUCCUGUGGGGUAUACGAUGCCGCUUAUUUAGAAAGAGCUGCCUCCGUGGAGCCACAGCUCUUCUCACUUUUAAGUAGUUGGAGAGAACAAGGAAACCGAGUUAAACAGAAAAAUCACAAACAUAAAGAGCAAACUUCUGCCGUUUCCUUUAAGAGUCUGUCUCCAGCUUGUCUUUCCUCCACCCCCUGGCGAAAUUGUGAACCACAGCGCCUCUCAAAGCGUUUCUGCUACUCAGCUCUACGGAUCCUCCGGUUAACAACCGGCGACGAGGAGAUUUACCUGGUUUUGACUUAAGCUCUGCAGCGUUUUAGCAGUCUGAACUUGGCUUUUAGGUCCAUGAAGCUCUGAUCUGAGGUAUCCUUUAUUGGCAAAGGAGUCUUGAAUUCGAUGAGAAUUAGGAAGACAAGAGGAGACACUGAAAGUUCCAUCCAUGCUGCAGACUGUUGUUGAGAAGAUGAGACUUUUGUGGUGUGUAAUGAGUCUCUCCUUCUAUGGGAUCCUGCAAAGUGAUACUUCAGUUGUUCCAGAACGCUGCGAUGACUGGGGACUAGAUAUCAUGAGGCAGAUCCAAGUGUUUGAAGAUGAGCCAGCUCGCAUCAAGUGCCCGCUCUUUGAACAUUUUUUGAAAUAUAACUACAGUACAGCCCAUUCAGCUGGCCUUACUCUAAUCUGGUAUUGGACUAGACAGGACCGGGACCUUGAGGAACCAAUUAACUUCCGUCUCCCUGAGAACCGCAUUAGUAAGGAGAAAGAUGUACUCUGGUUCCGGCCCACCCUCCUCAAUGACACGGGCAACUAUACCUGCAUGUUAAGGAACAUCUCAUAUUGCAGCAAAGUUGCAUUUCCUCUGGAAGUUGUUCAAAAAGAUAGCUGCUUCAAUUCUCCCAUGAAAGUCCCAGUGCAUAGACUGUUUCUUGAAUAUGGUGUUCAGAAGAUCACUUGUCCAAAUGUAGAUGGAUUUUUUCCUUCCAGUGUCAAACCAACUGUCACUUGGUAUAUGGGCUGUCAUAAAAUACAGGACUUUAAUAAUGUGGUCCCUGAAGGCAUGAACUUGAGUUUUCUCAUAGCCUUGGUUUCAAAUAAUGGAGAUUACACAUGUGUUGUUACAUAUGCAGAAAAUGGGCGUACAUUCCAUCUCACAAGGACUCUGACUGUAAAGGUGGUAGGCUCUCCAAAAGAUGCAUUGCCUCCCCAGAUCUAUUCACCCAAUGAUCUUGUGGUCUAUGAGAAAGAACCAGGAGAGGAACUACUCAUUCCCUGUCAAGUCUUUUUUACUUUCCUGAAGGACUCUCGCAAUGAGAUUUGGUGGACUAUUGAUGGAAAAAAGCCAGAUGACACCACUAUGGACAUAACUAUUAAUGAAAGUGUCAGUCAGACCAAAACAGAAGAUGAAAAAAGAACUCAGGUUCUGAGUAUCAAGAAAGUAACUGCUGAGGAUCUCAAGCGCAACUAUGUCUGUCAUGCUAGAAAUGCCAAAGGGGAGGUUAACCAGCCCGCCAAAGUGAAGCAGAAAGUGGUAGCUCCAAGAUACACAGUGGAACUGGCAUGUGGUUUUGGAGUCACAGUCCUGCUUGUGGUGAUUCUCAUUGUCGUUUACCAUGUUUACUGGCUUGAGAUGGUCCUAUUUUACCGGGCUCAUUUUGGAACAGAUGAAACCAUUUUAGAUGGAAAGGAAUAUGAUAUUUAUGUAUCCUACGCAAGGAAUGCUGAAGAAGAAGAAUUUGUAUUACUGACCCUCCGAGGAGUUUUGGAAAAUGAAUUUGGGUACAAGCUGUGCAUCUUUGACCGCGACAGUCUGCCUGGGGGAAUUGUCACAGAUGAGACCUUGAGCUUCAUUCAGAAAAGCAGACGCCUCCUGGUUGUCCUAAGCCCCAACUACGUGCUCCAGGGAACCCAAGCCCUCCUGGAGCUCAAGGCUGGCCUAGAAAACAUGGCCUCUCGGGGAAACAUCAACGUCAUUUUAGUGCAGUACAAAGCUGUGAAGGAGAUGAAGGUGAAAGAGCUGAAGAGGGCUAAGACGGUGCUCACGGUCAUUAAAUGGAAAGGGGAGAAAUCCAAGUAUCCACAGGGCAGGUUCUGGAAGCAGCUGCAGGUGGCCAUGCCAGUGAAGAAAAGUUCCAGGUGGUCUAGAAGUGGCGAGCAGGGUCUCUCCUAUUCAUCCUUGAAAAAUGUAUGAAAGGGGCAAUGAAAGGGGUGAAAAGAUCCAUGGGAACCCCAGGAAGGAAGAGUUCCCCCUUCUUUAUACCCAAUUUAUUGUUUAAUGGACAGAAAACAAUUCUAUGGAAGUCUCCCCAUAGUGAUAAAUUUAAGGUGACUAUAUGACUGGCUGUUCUGCUUACUCAGGCAAUACUAAGGUUUAGAAUGAUAGGACCACCAGUCUGUCACCAGUACCCGAUGUCACUGUUCUUUGCAGGCGAAGACUUGGUUAAAGUGAAUUUCUCUUUCUCUAUCCUCUCACCAUGUUCCUACAUGUCUCUGUCUGUGUCUCUGUCUCUGUCUCUGUCUCUGUCUCUGUCUCUCUCUCUCUCUCUCUCUCUCUCUCUCUCUCUCUCUCUCUCUUUCUCUCUCUCCCUCCCUCCCUACCUCCCUCCUUCUCUCUCUCUCUCUGAAUUUUAACAUGGGGCAGCCUUUUGCUGUGGAUUGAAAGACCCCUUAAAACUAAGCUAUCUGUGAUGAAUUUCCAGUAUAUUCUUCUUUUUCUCUUAUUACUCAUCAUUAAAAAAAUAAUCAGGGUCUAAAUUUAUUUUAGCUGAAGAUAAUGAGCUCUUUUACUCAUUCUGCUUUACGUCACACCAUCACGACACCCACUCCUCACUUAGAACAAUACAAAGCAGUAUUACUAAAAAUGCUCCUUAUAAAUGAUUUUCUCCUACCAUACCCCCUGUGCCCUCUAUCUCAGGUAAUCAAUGUCAUAUUUGUCAACUUGAAAAAUAUACCAUAAAUUUUUUUUAUAGUAAACUUCUGAAUAUCUACACAUCAACCCAUAUUUAGCACUCCAUCUUCUCUAUCUACUGUACCUUGCUUGUAUCAGUCUUUCAGAGUUUACAGAUGGCUCCACACUUCGUUCAGUCUGCUAGUAAGCUUCCCCUAAUGGUGCUAAUAGUGAAAUAACAGCAAAGUGCUUUUAAGGCAUUUUCGGGCUUGUGAGAAAAGCGUAGAACAGGGUGUUUGGCAAUUUGUCUUUUGAUCUCAGCCUUGCUAAUGUGAGUAUUAGGAAAGUAAUUUCUCCUCACUUGUUUCUAUCCCCCCCAUUGUUAAGUGUGGAAGUUAUACUCAGUGACCUUGAGAGCUGCUUUUAUCAUUAAUAUUCUAAGAGAAUUAAUUGGAUCCCUAGUAUUUUCCCUAUUUUAUUCACUGGUACAGUUAAUACACUCACUCCAGACAAGUCAGCCGAAAAGUUACUGUCAGUGUAACUUGUUUUAGUUUGUUUUAAGUAAACUGUUACUGUUUUUAAGACUUUGAAAAGUAAAAACUAAGUCCAGAGUUUACAGAAUGAUGAAUAUCUUAUAUAUGUGUAUAUAUAUAUGUAUAUACAUGUACAUUCAUAUACACAAAUUAUAUAUAUAUGGAUCUAUAUUACAUGUAUAUGUAAUAUAGAUACACGAAUUAUAUAUGUAUAUAUACAUAUACAUAUGUGAAUUAUAUAUGUGUGUAUAUAUAUACACAUGCACACACACACACAUAUAUACACACAUGCGUAUGACUUUAAAUAGUCUUUGGCACAAUAUUACAAGCCACUGGAACUCUUGUCCAGUCUUUAAAUUACGUCUCUACUGUAAUGCUUCUGUGUCAGUGUUUUCUACAGAUUAAUAUUAUUUGUGAGUUCACAGAUCACAGAGUGGUAACUUGUUAAUUCUUGCCUUCCCUAAAUAAGUAUAAGUAACUCAUUACUGCUACAGUUGAUCUGGAUGCAGUGGCGUCUGUUGUGAACAGAGCUUCCAUGGUCAAUGCUAAGUAGUAGCCAGUCCUCUGGCAUUACUUGAUCAUCUGGUAUAUUUUGAGCACACACACUUAAAAAACAGAUAUGUUAAUCUCAGUGCCAAACUACUGGAGAAAUAAAUCUCUAUUUGGACUGUUGAGAAAUAAAGGAAAGGAAAUAAAAUACCUAUAAA